AUGUACAAGAGAACCACAGAGUCCUACAUCGAGGUCCGCUGGGCCUGGUCGGCGCCGCCGCUGAGGCUCACUGGAGCCGGAGAAUGCGUGGCGGAGGAGCUGCAGGGCAUGUCGGCCCUCGAAAAGCAGCGAGUAUUUGCGGGCAUGGCCACAGUCGGGCCCAUCCACGGCGGCGGAGGGAAGGACGAGGUGCAGGUGUGAAAGUUGGGGUGAUGUGCAGGGGAAAAUUGGAAGGUAUCAUAGUUGGGCAUAUUGAGGUAGGCACCGAGUUGCUUCAAACUCGAAGGUAUAAAAAUGCUUCACUACCUG